AUGUCUGGAGCUUAUUCAGACGCGAAAUGUUACAAAGUCACCGGAAGUGCGUCCGAGUUGUACUACAAAGGAUCUACGGAUGACUACAUGGUUUUACGUGUAACUGAGGAUGGAGAUGCUUACAUAUAUUCGUUGGAAGCUAAUUCAUGGAGAAAGCUGUAUUGCACGGAGGAUUUAACACGUAGACGAACCAAACUUGUUUGGGGUGCAAGUAUUCUACACAAUGGAAACAUCUAUUUCAUAGAUGAGGACGUGAGAAGAAUUAGAAGUCGAUUAUCGUUUUCGGUUAUAAAGUUCAACACAAAGAAGGAAAAGUUCACAGUGAUGGAAACUCCUCGUUUUGGAGAUGUAACGACUGACUAUUUGAACUCCAUGGUUCUAGAAAAAGAAGGAAAACUUCACUUGUGUGUGACCUAUAAACGAAAUUCUACAGAUCAGUUGGGUGGAAAGUUAUGGAGGAUGGAUGGAGAUGUAUUUCGGAGGAAGGUGGUGAGGUAUCAGAUACCAGGAAAGUUUUAUUACUUGAAACCGCUGCAUUUGAUGAAGAAUGGGAAUUGGGUCACAGUUUGUCGAUCUGGAUGCCAUGUGAACGAACUCGAUCCAGGUAGGGAUUUUGAAAAGAGUUCGUAUGCAACAACAAAAAAGGAUUAUAAAAUUGAUUUCCGAAAAAAAGGGAUAUACAUCGAGACUUUGGUGUCGCCCAAUCGAAAGAUGAAGUAA